CCAAAUACUUACGUGGCUAGAUCUGGACGGAUCAGUCGAAGCAAUACUAUCGUAAGUCAAACAAGGAGAAUGCUUACGCGGCUAGAUCUGGGAGGAUUAGUCGAAGCAACACUAUCGUAAGUCAAACAAUCAGUAGUAAUCAUUUUUCAGACUUGAAAGGCAUCACCACAGUGCAUUUCAGUUACUUUCUCUCCAAUCUCCAUCAUCGGAAUGGCCCUCGCUUUUCUUUCUCUAUUAUUACUCCUCCUUUUCCCCCUCUCUCUCCUCCUCAUCCUACGCCUCAUCGUCCGGCCGAAGCCCGUCAAAAUCCCAAUCAAGAAUCGGCACGUGUUCAUCACUGGCGGAUCAAGUGGCAUCGGUCUGGCCUUGGCCCAGCGGGCCGCACAAGAAGGGGCUCGUGUCUCCAUCCUUGCACGCUCCCUUCAAAAGCUGGAAGAAGCAAAACAAUCGAUUCACCUGGCCACGGGAAUCGAAGUGGCGACAUAUGCUGCGGACGUUAGGGAUUUCGAGGCUGUGAAAAAGGCGGUUAACGAGGCGGGGCCCAUAGACGUGUUGGUGGUUAAUCAAGGCGUGUUCGUGCCUCAAGAGUUGGAGGAGGAGGAAUUGGAUGAGGUGAGGUUCAUGAUUGAUGUGAAUUUGAUGGGAAGUUUUAAUAUGAUUAAAGCUGCAUUGCCGCUAAUUAAGAAGAGGGACGGUCAUGGGCCUGCUUCAAUUGCUUUUAUGUCAUCUCAGGCCGGUCAGGUGGGCAUUUAUGGUUACACAGCUUAUUCAGCUAGUAAGUUUGGCCUACGAGGUUUAGCAGAAGCAUUGCAACAAGAGGUUAUUGUGGAUAAUAUCCAUGUUUCUCUUAUAUUCCCUCCAGACACAGAGACUCCUGGUCUUGAGGAAGAAACUAAGAGAAGACCGCAGCUCACCAGCAUUAUAGCAGCCUCAUCUGGUGCAAUGAAAGCUGAUGAAGUUGCUAAGAAAGCUCUACAUGGUAUCCAAUCUGGUAGUUUUAUUGUCCCUUGCAACUUUGAGGGACUUUUAUUGUCUAUUGCAACUGCCGGUUUAUCUCCUCAAAGAUCUUUCCUUAUGGCAUUUGUUGAAGUGUUUGCUGCUGGUAUCAUACGCUUCGCCGGUCUAUGCUUCCAAUGGAAUUGGUACGGAAGUAUAGAAAAGUGGCAUGCACAAAAAAGAAUUUCAGGUACCUAGAAGUUCUUGGUGCUUGAUAUUUAGGUGUAUGCAUAUGGCAUUCUUGUUGUUUCGCAGCUGUCCCAAUGGUUGGUGAACAUUGCUAAAAGGUGAUUUCUGGACUUCAAUCAAAAUUUUGAUAUCAUUCUCAACAAACAAGACUUCCUCCAUGUCUCAGAUUUAAUUUUUUGACUGAUAGAUACUUUCAUCAAGACGCAUUUUUAUAGUAGGGAACAAAUGACUAAUCCAGAUUAAGACCUUCAACAAGACUUAACUUAUGUUGAAAUAUAAAUUUGUUCUGCAGAUUAUGGACCCGUUGUACUACAUGAUAUUGUAUCUUAUAUGAUUACUGUGCAAGAGUGAUAGAAACCAUAUCUAUACAAGACAACUUUGCUCAUUGAAGAAGCUUAGAAGUAUUAACUGCACAGCAUUCCAAUUCAUAUGUCAGUGAUCAUUCUAUUGUGGCCAAUAGACUAUAGUUUUGCCCAAAUACUUGAUUAAAGCAAUCAGUCUGGUUGUUUGUUUAUGCUUUGGAAAAUAUUAGAUCAAGACAACUCCACAAUCCUCUUGUUGAAAUUGUGUAGUAAUUUUCAGUAUUAAACAUGUUAAACACAAUUGAAGCAUGAACCUACCAUCACAUCAGUAAAAGAAUCAAAUAAGUGCUUUUUGAACCGCCUGAAAACUUAUGGGAACCUGCAGAAGCUAGCUGUCCUCAGUUU